UCUAAGACUCUGUGCGCAUUGUUCCAGAUGUUGUCUGUCCCCCCAGCUGGGGUGAUGUCGGAACAUUGAAAAGUGCGGACGAAGGAACUUGCUGAUUUUAGGAUCCCUGCAGCGGCGCGUGUGACGUCAGAGCAGGUCUGGCUGAGCAGCGCGAGCGCGACAUCAGCGCUAAAGACUGCAAAGCAUUCAGCUCCGAGAGCAGGCGAACAGUAUCCCAGUGGAGCAUCAGCCCAACUGUACAAUGCCCUUAGAGGAAGGAAAAGGGUGGAAAAAGAAGACAACUGACAUCAAGGAAAAUUAUGACUUCAAAGAAGUUCUGGGAACCGGGGCAUUCUCUGAGGUGGUGCUGGCUGAGGAGAAGAGCACUCAGCGCCUCGUUGCUGUCAAGUGCAUCCCCAAGAAAGCACUGGAGGGCAAAGAGAACAGUAUCGAGAACGAGAUAGUUGUGCUACACAGGAUAAAACAUAAGAACAUUGUUUCACUGGAGGACAUAUUUGAGAGUCAGACACACCUGUACCUGGUCAUGCAAUUGGUAUCUGGUGGAGAGCUGUUUGACAGAAUUGUUGAGAAGGGUUUCUACACAGAGAGAGAUGCCAGUAAACUCAUUCAUCAGAUCUUAGAUGCAGUGAAAUAUCUGCAUGAUGUGGGCAUUGUGCACAGAGAUCUAAAGCCAGAGAACCUUCUGUAUUAUAGCAUGGAUGAAGACUCUAACAUCAUGAUAAGUGACUUUGGACUGUCAAAAAUCGAGGACUCUGGAACUGUGAUGUCGACUGCCUGUGGAACGCCUGGAUAUGUGGCUCCUGAGGUUCUGGCUCAGAAACCCUACAGCAAAGCAGUGGACUGCUGGUCCAUAGGGGUUAUUUCUUACAUUUUGUUAUCUGGAUAUCCACCAUUUUAUGAUGAAAAUGAUGCCAAGCUGUUUGAGCAAAUCCUGAAGGCUGAAUAUGAGUUUGAUUCUCCAUACUGGGACGAUAUAUCAGACUCAGCUAAAGAUUUCAUAUGCCACCUAAUGGAGAAAGAUCCAGAGCUAAGAUAUACUUGCGAGCAAGCCUUACAGCACCCAUGGAUCUCGGGAGACACUGCUCUUGAUAAGAACAUCCAUGAGUCCGUUAGCGCUCAGAUUAAAAAGAACUUUGCCAAGAGUAAAUGGAAGCAAGCCUUCAAUGCGACAGCCGUGGUGAGGCACAUGAGGAGGUUACAGCUGGGCACCAGCCUGGAGGGCUCGAGUCAAAUCACAACCACCAGCCCCUGUCACAGACAUCUGCUCCUGCCUGCUAAAGAGCACCACCUGGAAGAAGACGAGGACAAUGAAGAGGAGGAGAUUGGUUCUCCGGAUAUUGAUGGGCGACGCAACAGUGCUGAUCAGGACAGUGUCAGAAGCUGUGCAUACUGCUGUAGACCAACCAGCAGGGUCUGAGACAGACUUACUAGCAUGCAGAACCUAGUGAAGGCCAGCAGAUCCCAUUACACACAUAUGCCUAUCACCACCAGUCUGGUACUGUACUGAACACAGAGCUUAAUUAAAAGUGUCCACCAGAGGGAGCUAGUGCAAUGAGGAAGACAGCAAGAGAGGUUUGGGGGAGGACUGAAUAUGCUACCGAAGAGUUCCUUUAACUGUGUUUCCUUUAUAACACCUUUAGUUUUUGUCUGUUUUAUAUUUUGUAUCCCAACCAAAGACAGUCAUAAUUGUGUUCUACUGAGACUGGAAAGAUUAUUCUCCAGGUAUAUUCUCUGAAAGCAGCUUAAGAUGCUUUGGUAUCAAAUAUACUAUUUACGAAUUUUAAUGUUGUAGCCUGCUUUGUUAGUUUUGGCACUGAAAGCAGAGAUUAUGAAAUUCUGAUGCCACAUAAUAUUAGGCUUUACUUUAAAAUCCCCUGCCUUAAUCCAUGGUGUAUUUACUUGCUGAAUGGUUUGUGCACUGUUCACAUCUCUGACCCUGCAUCCGUGUCAGACUGGUUUAACCGGCUGGUGAUUCACAGCUUUAUGAUAGAGCUCCCUCAUGCGUACAUGGGACUAUUUUUUCCUUAGGCUGCUUUCACACUAGGCACCCCCCCCCCCCCAAAUCACCACAAGCCAGAACAGAAUAAAAAAGUGCUUCUUCCCAAAAAAAAAUUUGUUCAGAAAAGCACAGAAAGACAUCAAGCACUUUUUAUCUCCUGAAUAAUCAACGUGCAGCUCACGGGGGCACUGUAAGCAAGGGGAAAAAAAUAUCAUGGACAAAAAUAGUGAGUGAAUAUUCAUCAUUCAUCUUCAGUAACCACUAUAUCCUGAUCAGGGUCACGGUAGAUAAUAAGCCUUUCCUGGCACGAGGCAGGGAUACACCCUGGAUAGGAUGCCAGUCCAUCAAAGGACAGUGUGUACACUACAAGCAAUUUAGUGUUACCAAUUCACAUACAAGCAUUGUUUGGUUUGAGAUUGAUGGAAACCAGAGAAUCCCAAGGAAACCCACACAGACAUGAAGUUAACAUGUGAAACACUAAACAUUAACCCAAGCUCAGGAUUGAAACUGGGAGCCCUGGAACUAUGAGGCAACGUUAUCCAUUGUGCCCCCACGCCACCCAUGACUGAAUAUGAAAUGCUUACACUAUAUUUCCAAAAGUAUGUGGACACCUGUCCAUCACACUCAUAUGUGGGCUUUCCUCAAACUGGGUAAAAAGUUUGAAGCAGAGAAAUUGUAUGAUGUAGCACUAAAAUUUCCCCUUCACUGGAACUAAGGAGCUGUUACAGCAUGAGCAUGACUAUAUCCCUGUGUACAAAGUGAGGACCAUGAAGACAUAGUUUUCAAAGCUUUGAGUGGAGAACUGAAGUGUCCCCCACAGAGCCCUGUCCUCAACCCCACUGAACACCUUUGGGAUGAAGUCGAAUGCUGACUAGAGAUCCCACCUGAUAUCAGUGCCUGACCUCACUAAUGCUGUUGUACAGCCAUGCUCUGAGGUCCAGUGGAAAGCCUUUCCUAAAUAAUAAAGAUUAUUAUAGCAGAAAAGGGGGACUGCAUCUGGGAUGUUCAACAAACACAUAUAGGCAUGCUAGUCAGGUGUUCACAUACGUUUGGCUAUAUAGUGUAUGUUCAAUCUGAGAUAUUUCUUUGUCAAUAUUUUCAUAUUGCGGUGUAACUAGAGAUAACAAAUUUGUUGGUUUUGCAACAUUCACCAGUAUACAAUGUCACAGAACGGUCCCUGUUUAUAGUUGUCUGAAUGCUGUCUAGUCACACAAGUACUGUUGCUCAAGCCAAAGCUUAGGCAAGCUGGCCUUCUCUUUAUGAUAGUUAGACCGUGUUUCAACCUUGUUGAAAAAAAAAAAUACACUGAAUCUUUAUUAUAAUUAUUAAUAAUAAUUAAUAAUAUUAUAAUUAUUAAUAAUAAUUAAAUAACCUUUACUAGCUAGGACUUGGUGUUAGUGUUGUUAUGGUUACAGUGUGCAUGUCAUGUGAGUCAGCAAAGAAGGUGCUUCAACCAGUGCUCUCUGUAGAAAAAAAAGAAGUCUAGUGUGAAAGCAGCCUUAUUCCAAAGUCAUAGAAGAGGAACUGAAUGGAUGUCCUUUUGCCAAGGGCUCAAAGUGAGAUCCCUGUAGUACAUCCUCACAAAACACCAGCAUGUGUGAACUAAGAGAGUACAAUUUACAUAUGGGAUGGGAUAUUUACGGGAUAUUUACUUUUAGCAUAGAUAAAGCGCAAGAUAUUAUUAUUGUUCCCUGACACAGGGAACUUUCUGAGAGUGAAAGACAGACAGCACCUUGUCUGUCAAAGUAUCUUACCAUAAAUAUCGAAGUGCUUUACAGAUCAGUUUUGGGCAUUAGUGGUGUAUGAGGGGUUUGACUGGCCUUGAUGUUGAGCAGGGAUCUCAGGUUUGAGUCACUGACCAUGAUCUGUACUGUGCUCUUUAAAGAUGAUGUUUAACGUUUGCAUGACCUCGUAAAUGUUUACAUAAGCGAUGACAAACAUUAGAUAUUAUUAUUAUUAUCACUAUGCUAAUGUAACAAGGCAUUGAAACUUUUAUUGUAUGUUGUUGAAAACACAAAGUAUUUUGGCACCAAUGGAGGGCCACUUUUGAAUAUGGUGUGAAAAGCAUUUCGAAUUCAUGUCCUUUUUUUUUCCCCUUAGUAUUUGGACUAUUGUUUGUUUACUGUUGACUGAAGUUUUCAGUGCUGAUUUGAAGGUCUCAAAUGUUUCCUCUGGCCACAUCUACUGACACUAAAAGAAUAAUGUGACAAGCUUAGCACUGUUUUAUCUUGUAAUUUUGUUAGUUUGGCCACAAAAAGAUAAAACAGUCAUUAGACAAUAGCGCAAAAUUUAUUAAGUAUUGACAGUGCUCAUAGCUGCUCCCACAGCUUGUAGUCUAGUCUAUAAGGGAAAACAAAUGUCCAUAAGUACCAUAAUCAUUGAAUCACUAAUACACUAAAUAAAUGAGUUACUAUGCUUAGCAUUAGUAAGCACAGGAUUCUACCAUCUGAUGUGCUGAGAAACCCGGGACAGUAUUAUGCAUAAGAAACAGGAAAAUUACACAAAACACCUUCAACUUUUACUGCUCUAAUGUCGUGAAUUUGUGUAGUGAACUAUAUAUAAGUUAUACUCUAGUAUAAUUAUUACUGAUUUGGUUUGUUCCCGUUUAGGAUUUCAAUUACAUUUUGUUGCACUGGGCAAUUUCAAAUAUAAAAAGAAGCAAAUGUCCAUUUAUUACAAUUACAUUUAUUGCAUUGGAAGAUUGUAAAAUAUCUUUUGUUUUGUUUUGUAAAGGCUAUUUUGAGCUACCAAUAUAUGGAUGCAAUGCAUCAUGGGAUAUCGAUGGAUUAACAAAAAGUUAAAGAUUUGUAUCCUUGAGGAUCUUGUAGCAGGUUCUGAAAUAAACCCUCUUGUCUAUGCAUUGUGUACUCUGUAAACUUUAUAUGUACAGUGCAAAUAAAGUUCACAUCAAAGUGCUAUGCAAA